AUGACGAGACAUCGUGCAAUGCAGCAGCUCAGCCUCGCAAAUCUCGUCUUUCUAAUCGGCACGGCAUCCGGCGCUCUCUUGACCUUGUCCAGUUUCGAAAGCCUGGCUUCUCCAGCGCCUCUUUCGUGCAUAUAUGCGUACAAUGCACCGAUUCGAGGAUGCAUCGCAGACGAUUUCGCUAAAGGCGCAACAUGUUCAGAGACCUGCGUCGAGGGAUUACAGGCGGUGCAAUUUACAGUGCGAUCGUUGUGUGCCAAAGUCAGCGAUGCCAACAAUGUUUUGCUCCAGCAAAUACAAACAGGCAAUCUAGUGGCCGCUAUCUGCAAGACAAGUACACCAGCUUCGACGCCAACUCCCCCCCCUGCGACGACAUUACAAACUUCGACGGUACAAACAUCACCGCCAUCACAAGCUUCGCCUCCACCCCAGAGCUCAUCAGAUGUUGCAUCUCAUGUGACAUCAACGCAACAACCGGUUUCCACCGAAGCAGCGCCAAGUACGACAGCAUCCGCCACUCCAGAUCACAGCAUCACAUCAGCGGCUGUUUCUAGCUCAGCGAUCGAAUCUGCUACAGCAACCUCGCAGACAAGUGUCGAGAAGCCCUCUUCAUCGAGCGAGGAGCCGUCAAAGCCAACACGGCCGAUUAAUCCCAAUGCACAGCCAGGCAGCGGCGGCGGGAGCCCGUUCGACUUUGUCGCAAUCAGCACGGCAAACAAUAAUAAUUUCGUGGAGACUUUCACCACACUGGCUAUUGCCGCCGUGAUGGCUGCACUGAUACUGAUAUAA